AUAUACUAUAUAAGCAAUUAAGCCAAUACAACAAAACAAAACGAAAUAAUAAUUUAUCAAAUUUUAAAGUUAUUAGGUUUUCUGCUACGUUAGACCAACCCCAAUGGUCAACUUUAGAAAUCUUAUAAUUGUUCUUAGCAUUAUAAUUCAAUAAAUAUAAUAUAUUGAGUGUCUAAAGUUUUAGAUGGAGAUCCAAAUUAGGAUCUUUUUUCUAAACUAAGAAUGGACAUAUGUCAAUUUUUUAUUGGAUACAGAAACAUUCACCCAAAAAAAAAAAAUGCAUUUGUUUGUUUUGUCUAUCUCUUUCUCUUCGACAAAAAAAAAAUCUUUCUCUUCCUCUUUCUCUCUUUUCUCUCUUUGACGCAAAAAUUCCCAAAUUCAUUGUGUUUCAAUUUGGUGAAAAAAUUUCUGGAAGCCUAAUCGAUGAACCAGAGAAGGAAGGUGGUUCGGGUGGUGACCAGAGAAGGAAGGUGGUUCGGGUGGAGAAGGAAGGUGGUUCGCUGGGUAAUUUCGGAGCUCAAUUCGCUUUCGCUGUUCACGCUUCUUUCCUCGCUUCCGGUUUCGACCUCACUGCCACCGGACGGCCUGCCUUCGCCAACGACGCUCUCUCUUCGUCUCCUACCCAGGAGGUUGGGAUUGACGGCUGGAACUAAUUCGAUGGGGAAUACGCGUUUGUCUAUGCGAAUCCUGAGAAGGGACCGAAGAAAGUUUUGGUUAAGUGCUUGGCGAUAGAUGAUAAACUUCUUGUUGAUGCACUAGCUGAUGGUGAAACUGAACCUCCCCAUCUCGAGAUAGAGUAUGGGUAAAACGUUACUUGCUACAGAAGCUGGUGCAAACUUCAUUAGCAUAACUGGCUCAACACUUACAUCAAAGUGGUUUGGAGAUGCAGAGAAGCUCACGAAAGCUCUGUUCUCCUUUGCAACCAAACUAGCGCCUGUGAUUAUUUUUGUCGAUGAGGUUGAGAGUUUGUUAGGGGCUCGUGGUGGUUCUUUCGAGCACGAGGCGACCCGAAGAAUGAGAAAUGAGUUCAUGGCAGCUUGGGAUGGUCUCAGGACUAUAGAUAGCCAAAGGAUCCUAAUCCUUGGUGCCACUAAUCGACCUUUUGAUCUUGAUGACGCUGUCAUUCGAUAUAUGUGGAUUUACCAGUUUGAUAAACUCGCAAAGGAAACCGAAGGAUAUUCAGGAAACGAUCUAAAGAACCUAUGCAUUGCUGCUGCGUACAGACCUGUUCAGGAAUUGUUACAGGAAGAAAACAAGGUAAAUAAGACAUAAUCAGUUCGGUUGAUUUCUUUUGAUUACGGAAUACAAUUUUUGUAACCACUCGAUGCAUUUGCAAUUUUUAUAACCACCCACCUUUGCAAUAAGUUUUGGGUUUUUUUUUUUAGGACACCUAUCAAGUGUCACCAUUGUAUGUAUAAAAACAACAGUGUUUUAAAUAUAUAAAGUAUACAAAAUAUUAUUAAUUAAUCAUUAAAACCCUUUUAAUUGUGUUACCAUUGGGGUUGCUCUUACUCUUUCUUUUUGGUGUUAUCAUGUUCCUUGUUUUGAAUCAGAUUCCAGGUAAUAUAUUAUUAUAUUCAUAUAUAAUUGCUUUAGAGGGGUUUGGUGUUGCUCAUAUUUUACAAGAGUAAUGUUACUAACAGAAUUUAGAAUUUUGAUUAGCAAAAAUAAUAUUGCAAUAUUAUUUUGUUGCGUGAGUUUUCAAUAUUGUUUAUUAAAAAUAUCAUUGUGAUUCUUAUAUAAAAUAAUAGAGAUAGAGGCAAAGAGGAGGGUGUGCAAGAAGUAUGGUGACUGGUUUGCAUAUUGCUAUGGUGAGCAGGUCCAGCAAAAUGCUACUUGCGUUUCAUUUUUUAAGAAAGAUAAUGUAAAUAAUGUUUUUAACUGUCGUUGUAGUGCGGCUUCAUCCAAUCUUCAUUGCACUUGUGAUUAUUAUUGCUAGGUUUUACUAUACCACUUUAUCCUCCAACUCCUUCACAGGCAGAAUAUUAUUUUACUAAUUAAAUAAAUAAGAGGAACUGUCAGAGUAUAGUUUUUCUAAUAGUUUUUAAUUUCAUUAUAUUUGUUGACAUGUAAGAGCACUCAUAUCAGGAUAAUGUUAUAUAUCAAGUUUAAUUUAUAUUUA